GAGCGCGGCGGCGGCGAUGGAGCCCCGGCUGUAGGACGUACCCGGGUUGGAUCGGACCAUGAACGAUGACCCGACCCCGUGGGACAACGCGACAGAGAGCAGCACGGCGCUGCCCGGCGAGGUGUCCCCCCAGGAUGGCUACGUGCUGCUGCUCGCUCUGCUCUCCAUCUUCAUUGGGGGAACGCUGGUGCUGCUGUCGGGAAUCCUGAUCGUGUGCCGCCGCUGCUGCGAGGCCGACCGCCGCCACUCCAGAGCCAGCGAUGACCCCGAGAAAACCACCACUACAUACCUGGAUGACUCGCAGCCGGCCCAGGAUAUCACUAUCAAAGUGGAGGACCCCGAGUGCCUGUCGGCCUCCAGCUACCGCGAUGCAGAGAGCGAGAGGUUCCUGUCCUCCAGCUCCUCCAGCGCGCGCCGCGUCUCCUUCAACGAGGCUGCGCUGUAUGAGCAGGGCAAGAAGACCCAGGAGAAGGGGCGGAGGUACACACUGACAGAGGGGGAUUUCCACCACCUGAAGAACGCCCGCCUGACGCACCUGCAUCUGCCCCCACCCGCCCUUAAGAUCGUCACCAUCCAUGAGUGUGAGUCCAGCGAGAACAGCCUGGCCAUGACCCCCCGCCGGCCCCCCCCCAAACCCGGCCUCGCCAUCUUCCAGCCCCCUGGGGGGGCCGUGCCGCAGCCUGGCCAUGCCGUGUGCCCCAGCUCAGCACUGCCUGGAGACACCUACAACUCCACGGCGGGAGGGAGCCCCGCCACCUCCUCCGACUCCGGGGAGGGCCCUUCGUUCACCGCAGCGCCCCGCACUGGGAAGGGGCCCAUGGUGGGCAGUGCCAGCCCUGGGGAAGCCCCCCCGGCCCCCACGCAGGGCCCGGUGCUGCAGUUCUUCACCCGCCUGCGCCGGCACGCCAGCCUGGACGGGGCCAGUCCCUACUUCAGGAUCAAGAAGUGGAAGCUGGAGAGCACCCAGCGGGCAUCCAGCCUGGACACCAGAGGGUCCCCCAAGCGCCGCCAGUUCCAGCGGCAGCGUGCGGCCAGCGAGAGCAUGGACCAGGAGGACCGUGACCCCCACCAGACCGACAUCAUCCAAUACAUCGCCCACACCGACGACGUCGCCUUCCACCCCGCGGGCGGCCCCUUCCUGCCCUCCCCCAGCAGCCCCCCUCCCUCUCUCGGCAGGUUAGAGCCGGGCGAGGACGGCCCCAGCGAGGCGGCGGCCCCGGAGCAGCGCAGCGUCGGCCACGACAUCUGGAGCCUCCGCGCCUCGCUGGAGCUGUACGCCGCGUCCGAGCGCAGCAACGACCAGGACUCGGUGCGCAGCGACGGCGCGGACAGCGUCUCGUCGGGCGGCGCGGCCCCGUGCCCCUCCUCCUCCCUGGACGAGGCCGAAGGCCCCGACGAGAAGCUCUGGGCCCGGCCCAAGGCGGAGGAGUCGGAGCCCGGCACGCGCAAGCUGCUGCAGAUGGACAGCGGCUACGCCUCCAUCGAGGCGCCGGGCCGGGGGGGCGAGGAGGGGCCGCCCGCGGACCAAACGGCGUCGGAGAAACGGAUCUGCUUCACCAGCGCCGGGCGGAAGGGCACCAUCUUCGAGAGCUUCGAGGGCCGCGAGCCCGACGAGGAGGAGGAGGACGAGGAGGAGGACGAGGAGGACGAAGCGCGGCGCGGAGCGGUGGGCGGGGGGCGGCCCGGCAUGCUGACGGGUCGGGACGCGCCGUCGCCGCGGAGGGAUUACAGCAUCGACGAGAAGACGGACGCGCUGUUCAACGCCUUCGUGCGGCACGACCCGCAGUUCGACGAGUCCCCGCCGCGCGGAAAGCACCGCUCCCGCACGCACCUCCGCAAGCAGUGGCAGCACGCCAAGCAGUACAGCGACCCGGGGGUGCGAUACCCCGCGCUGGAGCGGCACCGCACCCCUCUGCGCCGCGGGGACAGCGCCAACUCCCCGCUGGACGGCCGCUUCCACGGCCCGCUGCCCCGCAUCGUCAGCGCCGGGGACGAAGAGGCGGCCGAGGCGGACGGCGGCGCCGCUCCGCUGCCCGAAGCCGACAUUCAGGUGAUCGUGGAGGAGCCCGGAGAGGAGCACCGGGCCGGGCCCGAGCGCGGCGGCGGGGAGGAGUGCCCCGGACCCGGGCGGUGCGUGGGGCCGCGGCCCGGCGCGGAGCUGCUGGACAAGAUAACGGGAGGCAUCGAGGAGCGGCUGUACGGGCAUCUGCGGAGGGAGGCGGAGGGGCUGCGGGCGGAGACGGAGAGCGCGGUGGCCGUAACUGCCGGCGACGCGCCCCCCGACCGCAGCCCCGCGUAGGGCGCACGCGGUGCGGGUCCGCGCGUUGUGCGGGGGGCUGAGCCUCACCGCGGGGCGGCGUCGCGCCGGUACGGCGGGGGGCGGCGCGGAGGGGACCGUUCCGCACCCGCGGCGGUUCCUACGAGCAAUAACGGCGCUGUGCCCGGCGCCGGCACCCGGCCCGGGAGCGGGGGGCGGCCCGCGGGGCAGAGCGGCCGUGAGGUGGGGGCCGCCCCCUCCCCCCCACCCUCUCCCCGUCGAGGAAGGCGACGUCUCGGUUCGCGCGGGCGGGUUGGCUUUGGACGGAGGGAUGGGGUUUUUUGGGUGUUUGCGUUCCCGAGGACGGGUGGCGAACGGAGAAGGACCGAACAGCCCCACAUCGGCCCACGCGGCGGUACCGGGGGGGGUGGGGGGUGGGGAUUGAAGGGGGGGCGGCGGCGGUGCCCCCCAUUGCAUGCGAGCACAGAGGUCGGGCCGCGCCUUCCCCUCUGCAGAGCCUCUGCCCGAAGCACCACCUCCAACCCCGCGUUUUUAAGUCUAUCAAUGAAGGAAAAGAAAACCACCAAAACCAAAAGCAAAGGCUGCGAGUGCUGCGAGCGCCGUUCUCACCGUGCGGGGUCUCCCGUUCCGUUCCAACCCCCCCCCCCCCCCCCCCCCCCCCCGGGACCCCCCCAGGAGCAGAGGAAGGACAGGAGCCCACCUCUCGCUUUUCACUUUAUUUUUUUUUUCUUAAAAAAAAAGAAAAAAAAAGGAAAAAAAAAAAGGAAAAAAACAAAAAAAAGACGCUGAAUGCACCCAUUCCCUUUUCCGAGCCCUUUACAGCAUGCAGGUUUAAUAGAGUUUUGCUUUGUCGUAAUA